UGCGGGCCCGCCUGGGGCCUCUCCCCCGCUCCCCAUCAGGGCGCGGUGGCCCCGGGACCCCCUGAGGGGGCACGGCCUGUGCCUGCCCGGCCCCGGCGGCGAAGCGGGACCCGCGGCUGCCCGGGGAGAAGCGGCGGCGCUCCCGCUGCUCGGUGGAGGGAGGAGCGGGCGGGCCGCGGGGCGGUGCUCGGAUCGGCGCUCGGCUGCUCGGCCUGCCCCGGCGCGGCGCUCGGCGGGUUCUCCUGGCGCGGCGCGGCGGCGAGGCCCGGCGGUGAGGCGCGGCCCGGCCCGGCGGGAUGGUGAAGCUGACGGCGGAGCUGAUCGAGCAGGCGGCGCAGUACACCAACGCCGUCCGCGACCGCGAGCUCGACCUGCGCGGCUAUAAAAUCCCCGUUAUUGAGAACUUGGGUGCCACUCUGGACCAAUUCGAUGCAAUUGAUUUCUCUGACAAUGAGAUCCGGAAGCUGGAUGGAUUCCCUCUCUUGAGGAGGCUGAAAACUCUUCUGAUGAAUAACAAUAGGAUUUGUCGCAUUGGUGAAAACCUUGAGCAGGCUCUGCCCUGCCUGACAGAGCUCAUUCUUACCAACAACAACAUUGCUGAACUGGGUGAACUGGAUCCGUUAUCAACUAUUAAAUCAUUGACGUACCUGAGCAUUUUAAGGAAUCCUGUAACAAAUAAGAAGCAUUACAGAUUGUAUGUCAUCCACAAAGUUCCCCAGGUCAGAGUGCUGGAUUUUCAGAAAGUGAGACUCAAAGAGCGACAGGAGGCAGAGAAAAUGUUCAAGGGCAAACGGGGUGCACAGCUUGCAAAGGAUAUUGCCAGGAGAGCAAAAACCUUCACCCCAGGUGCUGGUCUGCAACUUGACAAAAAGAAAGCUGGGCCCUCCCCAGGGGACGUCGAGGCAAUUAAGACUGCUAUAGCAAAUGCCACGACUUUGGCUGAAGUGGAGCGGCUGAAGGGCAUGCUACAGGCUGGUCAGAUUCCCGGCAGAGAACGAAAAUCAGGCCCGUCGGAGGACGCUGAGGAGGAGAUGGAAGAGGAUACGGUUCCCAACGGAUCUUAGGCCCCGGCUGGCCGCGGUCCGGCGCUUCUCCUUGCGGGGGGCUCAAGCCCGGCCCCGCCGCGGACCCCCCACCCCGUCCCCGCACCGCGUCCUGGCGCGUUUCGGCGUUCAAUAAACGAGCGUUUCCGUUUGC